UAUAUAUAAUAACAUGUGAUAUAUAAACAAAGAUGUUGGGUUUUUUACAUGCCUUAGAUUUUCUUCUUCACCAUCACAACACAACCUCUUGUUCUCUCUCUUGAAACCCUAAUUCUGGAUCUUCUUUUCUCUUUAUCCUUUCCUCAACAGGAUCAGAUUCAAGAAUUAAAGUGGUAGAAUCAGAAAUGGAAGAUAUUGAUGUUGGGUAUGAGUUAUAUUCUUUCUUCUUAUAGAGGAUUUUGAUUUUGACAAUAGAAAAUGGUAUCACCUUGGAUAGUGUUUGAAUUGGUUGGUGUAAGUUUUAUUUAGGGUUUGUUAAGGAUCUUGUAGGUUUAUUUAAAUUUUGAUUUGAUCAAAGAUGUGGAGUUGGGAAAAGUUUGAUCAUUGUGCUGUUGAUAUGAUUGUCGAUGAAAUGGUGAUCUAAUUCAUGUGAUGUGAGUGUUUAUUUUUUGUUUUCUGAGUAUUGAAUUGAAUUUAUUGAGGGGACUAUGGAGAACGUGUGCGAUGUGAAUCAGUUGGAUGCUGAUGUUCUUUUGCCACCUCGGAAACGGCUUCUAGCCGGAUUGAAAAAACAGAGUUCGGAAAGUGAUGCUACUGCAUCUCCAUCUCCUGUUGCUGCUUCUUGUGUUACAGAUGUUGCUUCCCCUUCAUCUACAUCCUUUUCAAGUGAAUUUGAAGCUCGGCUUAAGCAUUUGUUGAAUUGUCAUUCGAAUAACCCUAAGCUUACACCUGAGGAGGUCGCGGAGGCCUCGAGAAAAGCAGCGGUCACUGCAACUAAGGCUGCCGAGGCAGCAAGAGCUGCAGCUGAAGAAAAAGCUGCGAUAGCAGCAAAGGCGGUUGCUGCGGCCAAGAGUGCUUUAGAUUUGGUUGCUUCUUUUUCCGAGGAUGCAAUCAACAACAAGGAAAGAAAUCUGAAAAAGAACAAGUCAAAGAAGCAUCUCCCGGUUCAGCUGUUGUACAAGAAAAAUAAACCAAUAGAAAAUUGUAGGAAAGAUGAAGAAUUGGCUCGAAAGUUACAUCGAGCCAUGAACAGUUCACCUAGAAUCUCUAAGACCCCUCCCAAAUCGGACUCAAAAGGUAGUAGAUCGAAGAGGCCUAGAAGCUCUUCAAGUUUUGAAAUGACCGAGGGCUCUGAAUGCGGCAUGGCAGUUGGACAAGAUUGCUUAUCUUUGAACAAUGGCCAUGCAAUAAGCGGAAAGAUUGAUUCUGAAGGAUCCAACCAAGAGGUAUGCUCAAGUAAGAAAGAUAAGAAGGCAAUCAAAUACGAUAGGUCUAGCCAAAUAGAGAUAGAUAACGGCGAAGCAGAGUCGAGCCACUCAAAACCGAAAAACUGUGAAGACUCACAUUCACCUCCCAUAGGUAAGAAGAGAGGAAGGACAAAGCUUAAGAAGUUACCCUUAAGCAUUUGCACCUCCAAAGAUAAAGCGAAGCCGAGGGAAGAAAUAAAAGUCAGAAGAAGUUCUUCAUUGACUGAAAUGAACACUACCAAUCAGCAUGUUCAUACUAUACCAGUGUUUCCGGUGGAGCCAUCGACUGACCGAAUGAAGCCGAUCGAGGCAACAUCAACAUGGAAAUGCCAGGACUUCAAAGUACCGGCUUGUAUCAAACAAAAUAAAGCGGUGCAGUCAUAAUAAUAUUCAUAUACUACACUACAUUGUGAUGACUGUGUGCUACUUUCAUAGAAGAUGUUGAUAGCUGAGGUAGGAACCAUGAUGCUUCUUUUUUUCUUUUUUACAAUAUGGCAUUUAUCUUUUUGUAAAAUCUUAUGUUUUGUAAUGAAUUUGUACCGAUUUAAUGUACAUUUAGAUAUAAGUGGUUUGCAUUAUUUUCUUUCAGUUUAAAGAUGUACUUUAAUUGACAGGAAAUGUUGAGAGUUUUAGGUAGGAGUAUGAUUUGAAUUGGACAGCCUUUUCAAUGUGCUGCUGCUGCAUAUUUCUAUUACUCAUUUGUAAUGAGAAUAAAAGGUGAAAGUGUGUUGGUCUUUUAUUUAUA